ACCUGUCAUUCAAGCCACGCCGCCGCCACCAUCACCGCUUCAACAACUCUUCGCGCGGCGCAGCAGCAAAAGUUCGACCAUGUUUACGUCAACGUUAUCAUGGUUAUCGUGACCCACAGCCUUUGGUGGCCCGUGUAGAAGCUUGCAGCUGAAAUUGAGAGUCGUUUAAAAGAGAUUCGAUUAGUUGAUUGCAAUCAUGUUCAAAUCAUACUCGCGGCUUGUUGAAGGUGGAUCUACGAAGAGACUGGCUGGUAGGGCCGGUGGCGUCGACAACAGGGUCAGCCUCUGCCCCGACACCCUGAACAGAAGACUGAGCGCGGCGACCGCUGGACUGCGGCCGACGUCCGGCGCCGCCAGUCCGGCCGAGGACAACACGCCGUCCGGAAGCUACUCCAGCUUCGACGCGGUGGUUCGCGACCGGAUACUGGCCGACAAGAAGACGGAGGUGAACCUUAUCGGAGAGCCCGUGGUGACGUUUCAGAAGAAGGGCGACCAUGCGGGCAUCGAGCUUGACGCCAAAGAUACCCUCGCGGAGCUGCGCGUUGGAGACGAGGCCCCCGUCUUGGAGAGGGACCUCAUAUUGGCCGGCGCACUGGUCCGAGAUGCCAUGGAUAGCUAUCACUCUGAUUUUCAGAUGACGGAGAGAGCGGUGAGGAUCUACACUAUGUACCACCACUGGGCGCUGCAGCUCCUGCUCUAUGUCUUCAUCAUGGUCCACCAUCUGCUGGCAGUCUUCGAGAGACCCGCAGUCAGCGGCUGGGAACUUCCCAUUUGGGCCACGAUGCUGGUGGAGUCCUGCUGCCUGGCCUUCUACACCUUCCGGCUGGUUCAGGCCGCCAGCUUCAGCCGCGCCGAGGUGUUCUGGAAGGACGCCAAGAACCUGGUGGUCAUGGUGGUGGUGGGCGCGACCAUCGUCGACAUGGUCAUUUUUGCGGCCAUGGCCGGCAGCGGCUUUGGCAUGCUGGCCCUCCGGUGUACCAGGCCACUUCGACCACUACUCAUGGUCAACUUUGCCGAAAACAAGCAGGUGCGUCGGGCCGUGCGCAACAUUCGCAACACGCUCAAGGAGAUUGUGUAUGCACUCAUCCUGCUCUUCAUGAGCAUCGCGCUCUUCUCCCUGCUGGCGCUCAAGCUCUUUCAACGAAGGUCCCUGUUUUAUCCCGACGGGCGGCCAUAUUUUAGGGAUUACUUCGACAUCUACUUCAGCCUCUAUGUUCUAGUCACCACGGCAAACCAUCCGGAUGUGAUGAUGCCGGCUUACAACGAUAAUUCUCUGUUUGCAAUUUUCUUUGUCGUGUACACCCUCAUCUGCUUGUAUAUCUUCAUGAACAUCAUCUUGGCCGUCAUCUACUUUAACUACCGAGAGAAUCUCAAGGUAGAGGUUCAGAACAUGGUUGCUGUCAAGCGUGACAACCUCUCGAAGGCCUUUGAUCUGUUAAAAGUGCGAGAGGGCGACAACUUUGUCAUCACGUUCAGCCGCUUUGCCACACUACUCGACAAGAUUCCUCCUGCGAGGAGUGAAACCACAAAGAAGAUUCUCUGGUACGUUCUGGACCAGAAUGGCGACAACAGAGUCGACCUUCCGGAUUUUAUGUACCUGGCCGACUUGCUGAAUGUGAGGGUGAUUGAAACCGAAGAGAGUGAGAAUGCCUUUCAACGAGUCAUGCCCGGCGUCUACAACAGCACCGUCUCCAUGCUGAUCCGCAACAUGACUGCGCACAUGAUUUUUCGCUAUGUCUUUGACCUGCUAAUCCUGAUCAACGCCAUUCUGAUUGGACUUGACGUGAAUGAAGCAGAGUGGUUUUUCCUUACUGUUUUCACGCUGGAGAUCCUUUUGAAGAUUUACACGUUUGGCUUCAUCAGGUUUAUAAAGCAAGCCUGGAAUGUGUUCGACGUCGUCAUCAUUGGGUCGGCCCUCAUCGGGGCGGUGUACGAAGAGAUUAUUGGCACUUCCCAUGAAAACAAAACCAUGACCCUCGACAUCCUGCUUGUACUGAGGGUUCUUCGUUUGGUCAAGCUCAUUCGCAACUUUAAAAAAUUCCGAGGGAUUAUCAACACCAUCACCAAUCUCGGUCCAUCCAUACUGACGUUUGGUGGUGUGCUUUUUGCGGUGUACUACGUGUACGCCGUGAUCGGCAUGGAGCUCUUCCAGGACAAGAUCAGCUUCUUCGGGGACCACAAUGCCACUGUGCCUUACUGCGGCAACCCCAAGCUCCGCACUUCCGCCUUCUACGCCACGGGUUACUGCAAGAACAACUUCAACGACAUCUUCAGCUCCUUCGUCGUGCUCUUCGAGCUCAUGGUCGUCAAUCAGUGGCACAUUCUUACCGAGGGGUUUGUCCACGUCACCAGCAAAGGGGCACGGCUCUAUUUCCUGCUCUUCCAUCUCUCCUGCGUGGUCAUAGUGCUCAACAUUUUCACGGCCUUUGUGCUGGAAGCCUUCAUCUUGGAGUACACGAUUGACAAGACAAAGCUCGAAAGUGCCGUCGAAAUGAAGAUUGGCGAGAUGGGACUCAAGCUCGGAAAGAAACCGCGCAAAGGAGCGGAGGACGGGGCAGCGGACGCCAAGGUGAACCAUUCCAUGUUCCACGUUGACUCGGAUCACAACGUUCUGGAAGAGCAGACUGACAAGCCGGACUCUGCACGGAACCCCAAUGUUCCCGACAUGUCCGGGAGCGUCCACAGUCGUUUUCACAUCGUCAAGAAGCGACGGGUGGAAGACAUCCUGGUGAUGAUGUUUGAAGAUGAAUUGGAAGAGCUGGAGAUCAUGGCCCUGGCUGCUGCCAAUGUCUCCUGCACAUGCCCAUGCACUUGCGGGAAGAAGCAGGCCGUGUAGUGGCGCUAGCCAAGACGGAAGUGCAAGUGGCUGCGAGAUCCACAAAGUGUGCAAUUUGAUCAUUCCAUGAACUUUGCAGUCUAUUCACAGUGCCGCUGCUACUGGUAUUUUUUUUUUCUUUCCUCAUUUGGCAGGUUUCUGCCACUCCAAACAUUAAUUUGAAAUGUAGGAAGUAGGCUGAAUGACUCUGUUUAAGUUGCUCAGCGUUAGAUUUACAGCAUUAUGGCGAUGGUUUGCUUCUUUGCCAUUUACAAAUGGAAUGCGGUUGUUUUGGCUGAAUGGUAUUGAGACACAAUCAAUGCGGAGAAUAUUUGAAGAGGUGUGUGUGCAUUUUCAAAAUAAUCGUAUUCUAAGGUACAGUUUAUUCAGCGUAACUUUUGUAAUAACCGACCGGAAGAGGGAACAAGAGCUUUUGGUCGCAUCUGUUGAAGACAAGCACAUUCCAAGCCCAGAACAAUUUUGGAAACUUGGAAUCCUGUUAAGAGAUUGUUUUUGACAAAUGAGCAGUCGUUUUGACUUCUAAUUGUCGUCGUAUAUACACCUAGAUAGCUGGUACUUUUACUUAUAAUUGUUGACGUAUACACAUCCAGGUUUAAUUUAUGGUUAUACAAAUAACUCCUUUGUGCCAGUUCUGUUAAUCGCUAAAAACUUGAAUUGUUUAGGGCAGUGUGAGAUACUCUUGGUGCAGCUUUAUGCACGAGUACACUUUUUGUACCAAUCCCGAACAUUUCUGAUGCAAGGAACUUAGUUUUCCUUCAGUUGUAAUAAUGUGAAACUAGUGCUUUUUGACAAAUGUGAUAGUGCUUCCAAGUGCGCCAUAUUUAAAUAAAGCAAAGCCCUUGGCUGUCA